CACAGCACUUCCUGGCAGGGCCACCAGAACAGGAGGGCCAGGGGGCCAUGGCCUCCCACUUUUAACUGACCAUAAGGUGGGCACAGUGGAUCGGGUAAAACAGAAGCUGCCAAAGCAGUCAUGCAGUACCUAAGCACCUUGUACCAGAGACAAGACAGCCCUGGGAUCAGGCAGCCCUGCGACGUACAGCCCAUCCUGGAGAGCUUUGGGAAUGCUAAAACCAUCCUCAACGACAACUCGAGCCGCUUCGGGAAGUUUCUGCAUGUCCACCUGAGACAUGGGGUCGUGGUGGGUACGUCCAUCUCUCAGUACCUUCUGGAAAAGUCCCGUGUUGUGUUUCAGGCCUGUGGCGAGAGGAGCUACCAUGUGUUUUAUGAGCUGCUGGCGGGGCUGCCUGUGCAGCAGAAAGAGAAGCUUUUCCUGCAUGAGGCAGAGACUUACUUCUACCUGAAUCAGAAGGAAUCCUUUGGCCUUGCAGCCAUCCCCAGCGACACGGAAAUCCGGAUUGUGGCCAGGUUGCUGCAUGUCUCAGCAGAUCUCCUCCAAAGCGCCAUCACUCACCGAGUCACAGUGACGUCUUAUGAUCGUAUAUUCACCCCUUUGUCUGUCGAAAGCGCCAUUGAUGCCAGGGAUGCCAUUGCCAAGGCUCUGUAUUCCCUGCUCUUUGACUGGCUUCUGGUGAAGAUCAAUGAGUGGCUAGUCCCCAGGGAAAUGGACAGCACUCUGGGCAUUGUCGACAUAUAUGGCUUUGAGGAUCUGGGGGUGAACAGCUUGGAGCAACUGUGCAUCAACUUUGCAAACGAGCGUCUCCAACAUUUCUUCAGCCAGACAGUCGUUGCCCAGGAAGAGGAGGAAUACACCCAAGAGGAGCUAGUGUGGAUUCCCAUUUCCAAGAUGCACAAUGAGUCAUGCCUGGAUCUGAUUGCUGCAAAGCCCCAUGGCAUUUUACGCAUCCUGGAUGACCAGACGUCAUUGGCUCAGGCCACUGACCACACCUUCCUCCAGAAGUGCCAUUACCAUCACGGAAACAACCCUUGGUAUGGCAAGCCCAAACUGCCUUCACCAGUCUUCACCGUGCAGCACUAUGCAGGUCCUGUCACCUACCAGGUUCACAAGUUUCUGAAUAAAAACCACGACCAGCUGCGCCCAGAGGUCCUUGAGAUUUUCUCCCAGAGUCGCCUCAAGCUGGUGUCCCACCUUUUCCAGCGGGCCAAGGGACAUCACAGACUGCAGGGGGAGUUGGCCAUGGGAGGCAAAGGGCUUAAGCAUCAUGCCUGUACACUGGUGUCCCGAUUCCAGCAGUCCCUGCAGGAUCUCACAGCCAAGCUGAGGAGAAGCCAUACUUUCUUCAUUUGCUGCAUCACGCCCAAUCCGAAAAAGCUGUCCGACGUCUUUGAUGUGGAAUAUGUCACUUGUCAGCUGAGGCAUUCUGGGAUACUGGAGGCCAUCCACAUCAGGAAGGAGGGAUACCCCAUCCGCAUUCCAUUCCAGCACUUCUUAGUCAGGUAUGGGGCUCUGACUGACCAAGGGCAGAGCUAUUCGCAGGAGAGGGAUGGAUGCGCCGCGGUGCUCUCGCAUGUGGUGGGGGACCCCUCGGACCUCUAUCAGAUUGGAGUAACAAAGGUCUUCUUGAAGGAGAAGGCCAAGCAGCUGCUGGAGAGAAGAUGGAACCAGAAGCAGAGCUGGGCCGUUGUCACCCUCCAGCGGAACCUCCGAGGCCUCAUCAGCCGCAGGCAAUUCCAGGUCUUCCGGCAGAAGAUCAUGGUCAUCCAGGCUCAUUUCCGGGGGCACCAGGCAAGGAAGCGCUACAGGAGGCUGAAGAUGAUGCUGGUGCAGCUUGGGACGGUAGUUUUAAUCUCCAGGCCCUUGGUGCAGACACGGAAGCGCUGCCAGGUAAUAAUACCAUGCAUAGGAGCAGAUGGCGCACACGGCAGCGCUGCAGGGACCAUUCUUGCUCCGGGAUAUACAGACACACUGGAGUUUGUAAACAGUAGUGUGGCUUUAAACAAGGGUGGUUUUAAGCCAGUUCUCAGGGUCGCCCAGUGCUGGGGGGGCGAAGGAGACAUGCUGGUGCCAGGUCUCACCACCGCGUACAAGAAGGAAAUCUCAGCUGAGGAAGCGUUUGCAGAGUUGGGGAGAAUGACUCAGCCCAUCUCCUAUCGUGUUCCUUGA